AGAUCGGACGGCCGCCGUCGGGAACCUUCUCCCCCCAAUAUAAUCCCCCUCCUCCGCGACGCCUCCCCCAUCGAACUCCGCCAGUCGAUUCCAAUCCGACGAUCUCGAGCCCCCCGCAUCCCGGUCGAUCGCAACCCAAGCGGAAGCAGCCGGCCAGCCAAUCAAUCGCGAUGGCCGCCGACGAGGCCAAGGCGAAGGGCAACGCGGCGUUCUCGGCCGGCCGCUUCGAGGAGGCGGCGGGCCACUUCGGCGACGCCAUCGCGCUCGCCCCCGACAACCACGUCCUCUUCUCCAACCGCUCGGCGGCCUACGCCUCGCUCCACCGCUACAAGGAGGCGCUCGCCGACGCCGAGCGGACCGUCGCGCUCAAGCCCGACUGGGCCAAGGGCUACUCCCGCCUCGGCGCCGCGCGCCUCGGGUCGGGGGACGCCGCGGGCGCCGUCGAGGCCUACGAGAAGGGGCUCGCCCUCGACCCCUCCAACGCGGCCCUCAAGGACGGGCUCGCCCAGGCCCGGUCGGCCCUCCCGCGCCGCCCGGCCUCCGGCGCCGACGCCAUUGGCAAGAUUUUCCAGGGCCCGGACCUCUGGAGCAAGAUCGCCGCCGACCCCACCACGCGCGCCUACCUCGACCAGCCCGACUUCAUGCAGAUGCUGCGCGAUCUGCAGCGGAACCCCGGCAACCUCAACAACUACCUCUCCGACCCCCGCAUGAUGCAGGUGCUCAGCCUCAUGCUGAAUGUGAAGGUCCAGAACCAGAGCAAUGGCCCCUCCGAGCCGGCGCCGGCGCCGACGCCGGCCAAGUCGUCCCCGCCGCCGCCACAGAAGCAGCCCGAGACCAAGCCGAGGGAGCCAGAGCCCGAACCAGUGGAGAUGACCGAUGAGGAGAAGGAGCGGAAGGAGAGGAAGGCGGCGGCCCAGAAGGAGAAGGAGGCGGGGAACGCCGCUUACAAAAAGAAGGAUUUCGAGACGGCGAUCCAGCACUACACAAAAGCCAUGGAGCUUGACGACGAGGACAUCUCCUACCUCACAAACCGCGCCGCUGUUUACCUUGAGAUGGGACAGUAUGAUGAUUGCAUUAAGGAUUGUGACACGGCUGUUGAGAGGGGAAGGGAACUUCGUGCUGACUUCAAGAUGGUCUCGAGGGCACUCACAAGGAAAGGAACUGCUCUUGCUAAACUUGCCAAGACUUCCAAAGACUACGAUGUUGCCAUUGAGACUUUCCAGAAGGCUCUAACUGAGCAUCGAAACCCAGAUACCCUGAAAAGACUAAAUGAUGCUGAACGAGCAAAGAAGGAGCUCGAGCAACAAGAGUACUAUGAUCCAAAACUAGCUGACGAGGAGCGAGAGAAAGGUAAUGAGUUCUUUAAGCAGCAAAAAUACCCAGAAGCAGUGAAGCAUUACACUGAAGCGCUCAGGAGAAACCCGAAGGAUCCGAAGGUUUACAGCAACAGGGCUGCCUGUUACACCAAGCUGGGUGCCAUGCCUGAAGGUCUCAAGGAUGCCGAGAAGUGCAUCGAGCUAGAUCCUACAUUCUCCAAGGGAUACACCAGGAAGGGCGCGAUCCAGUUUUUCAUGAAAGAAUACGACAAAGCGAUGGAAACUUAUCAGGAAGGCCUAAAGCAUGAUCCGAGUAACCAGGAGCUGCUUGAUGGUGUAAAGAGAUGUAUUCAGCAGAUCAACAAGGCCAACAGAGGCGAGCUUACCCCGGAGGAACUGAAAGAGAGGCAGGGCAAGGCUAUGCAGGACCCUGAGAUCCAGAGCAUCCUGACGGACCCUGUCAUGCGGCAGGUGUUGAUUGAUUUCCAGGAGAAUCCAAGGGCUGCUCAGGACCAUCUCAAGAACCCUGGUGUGAAGCAGAAGAUCCAGAAGCUCGUGAGCGCAGGGAUUGUUCAGAUGAAGUAGACCCAAAUGCUGAGUGUCGGAUGUUUAGUUUAGUUGGUUGACCUUUUCUUGCCUGAGGGCCAAUUUCCCUCUAGAUUCGGGUUUGUGUAAAAGUACAUUUCGUGGUGGUUCUUAAUUGGCUUGCAUGUUCAUAUUCAUCUCGUCUGAAA